AGGGUUGGCCUGUCUCAGUGGGACUGAUUCGCCAAGGCGAAAACUUUUUCUGGGCAGAUAUCAGGAAUAAUAAUGACAUGUUUUAAAGGACGGCGCCACAUCUCCCCGCUCAGGGCAGAGAGGAGUGAGAGAGAGAAAAAAAAGGUUGGAGGUGAUGGCAGGCUGCCAGCUGACGUCAAUGGCAGCCGCGAUGUGGUUAUAAAUAUAAGAACUGGCGAGAGCUUCCAGCAGCUUUAAACUUCAGCCACAGACAAGACAACAGAGUCUGAGCUCAGCUAAAAGCACAUAAGAGAUUGCAAAACGCUUUUCAGGACAGUGCCUCUGAGACGAGAGAGUUAGGUGGCCUGAUCGACAGGACCUGAGCUGAGAGCCCUCACACCGUGCCCCCACCCCCCCUCCUCCUCCUCCUGCUGCUGCAAGACUCCCCGGUUUUAAUUUCGCGAAGGGUCGGCAACCCCUUCCUUCCAACUUGUUGCAACCACGGCUUUCAUGCAAAGUCUGACCAGCUGGGACUCGCGUUGCGACUCGCCAUGUUUCCAGACGGCUCCGACCUACAUUAAUUUGAUGGAAGUGGCCAACUUCUACGAGCCGGACUGUUCCCUGAACAAGUUGCACCGCGACCGUUCAAUGACAGACCUGGGCAUCGGUGACAACGAGAGUGCCAUCGACUUCAGCGCGUACAUCGACCCGGCGAGCGCCUCGGCAGCAGGGGGCAACUUUGAGCUCGGCGGCGGCGGCGGCGGCGGCGGGGGGGACCUGCUGACGGAUAUUAUGCUCUCGGACGAGUACAAGAAGAAGUCGCUGCCCGACUACAACGCCUACUUGUCGAUGAUGCGCAGCUCCUCGGCCGGCGCCAGGCACCAGGGCAACAUCCUGAGCUGCACCCCGCAGUUCCUGGAGACUCGGCUGGAGCCGGUGUUCGAGCAGAGCCCGGACGGGAAAGGGGUGAAGCAGGAGAGCCGGGAGGAAGAGGCGGCUGCUGCUGCUGCUGCUGCUGGCGGAGGCGGGAUGUCAGUGCAGGCAGCAGUAGCAGCCGCAGCCGCAGCCGCCGCCGCCUCCUCUCCCUCCUCCUACGUGAGGCCGCUGCUGCAGUACCAGUGCGUGGCCAGCGGCAGCAACAGCAACCUGUCCACCUCGUCCCUGUCCUCGUCCGCCACCCCGCCGGCCACCCCCAACUCGGCCGGCGACUCCGCGCGGGCCACCGCCUCCAGGAGCAACAAGAGCAAGAAGCUGGUGGACAAGCACAGCGACGAGUACCGCCUGAGGAGGGAGAGGAACAACAUCGCGGUGCGCAAGAGCAGGGACAAGGCCAAGCUCAGGAAUGUAGAGACUCAACACAAAGUGCUGGAACUGACCGCCGAGAACGAGCGGCUCCAGAAGCGAGUGGAGCAGCUCAGCCGGGAGCUGGCAACUCUGAGAAACUUGUUCAAACAGCUCCCAGAGCACACCCUGCUCAGUGCGUCCAGCAACUGCUGACAUUGACUGACUGCUCAGCUCCCCAAUAUUUAUAGAUUCUUAUUAUUUUUCUUUCUCUAUCUCCUUUUAUAUAUAUAUAUAUAUAUAUACACACAACGGAUACUGUGACUUUUGCAAAAAAGGAGUUGAUCAAAGGACUCUUUGUAUAUAGAGGAUUCUCUGUGUUUACAACACAUUGCAGUAAGCGAGGUUGUAUAUCGUUUAGAUGACCGUAACCCGUCCUUUUUUUAAAAAAAAACGGCAGGGAGAGGGGUGAAUGAUGUUUCUUGAAACCAGCACUGCGGGGUUUUAUAUAGAAAUGUAUACAAAAUGAUGCUGUGCUUUAACUGUGACUUUGCUCAGUCGAAACACAUGACGCAACAGCGUGUAACUUGCCAAGUGUGAGAUUCAUUCGUAAUUGUCAGAUGACAGCAGUUUCUUAUUACAAAUAUUUCGGGGCUUUUCUCCCAAUCCCCUCCCCUCCAAAAAUAUUCUAUUUCUUUACUUUUCUUUGUUGGGGGAGGGGGCGUUUCUGCUCCUAUUCACACGCGUUACAAUAUUAAUGUA